GUUACUGCGUGCACUCGAACAGUGUACUGAGAUGUGAGGUGCAGAGAAAGCCUGUUGUGAUCAGUGUUUGCUUUUUGUAAACAGAGGAAAUGUAUAAUUCUCACCUUUUUUUUAAAAAAAGGUAGGGAAAUUAAGAAACGGUGUUGCCCCUACAGUCGUUGUUUGUCUAUUUCGUUUGUGGACUGAGAUUAAAAUGCCUCGUGUGGUCAUUUUGCUUCAAAAGAUAAAGCUGAGUUUCCAAUCCAGCUGCUUUGCAGCUGCUUCAUGUGGUUUGAAAAGAUCCUCGUAUGAAACUCGCAGCUGGGGAGUCAGGAAGUUUGCGAGAACUUGUAAACAUUUUGAAAAGGGAAACAGUAAUAAAUUUGAAGCGUUUAAUUAUCAGGAACUUCUACAAGCAGAACUAAAAUAUUACAAAUCAAAGUCACACAAAUAUCAUAAAUUGGAAGAUAAGAUUAAAAAGAGGUUAGAAACAAUUUGUGACAAGUAUGCCUCCAAUAAUAACAAUCAUGUGAUGCAUGUGGAUGACACUGAGUACUUUGAAGAUGAUGGCUGCAUUUAUAGAAAACUUCAGAAUGGUUCUCCUGAAGUUGUUCUCUGCCUGGAUCGACUACAGUUUGUUCAAACAAAAGAUGCUCAAUUUCAGCGCAUCAGAGUCUCACCAAAUCAGAAGUAUUUGGCUUUGAGCAUAUGUACGACAUCAGAUGAACCUACCUGCAUUGUGGUAAAGCUUGAUUCAAAGCCGGUGGUGGCACAUGUUUUGCCGAAAGCAUUUAGUUUUGAAUGGGCCACAGAUAACUACCUAUUCUACACCAUUCUGGAGAAGCUUCAAUCCCAACAAGUUUUCAGGCUUCUGCUGGGAGACCAGAGAGCAACAUCUGAAAUGGUUUACAAAGAGAAUGAUAUCAGGUCUUUUGUGGAGCUAACUUGCAGCAAGGAUGGAAAAUACAUCACCAUCAACAGCAACAGUAAGAAUAGUUCAGAGGUUUGGUUAAUUGAUCGAACGCAUCCACUGGAGGCGGCCAGGGUUGUGCAGGAGCGACUUCCUGAUCUCAUUUAUCACGUGGAACACUGGAAAGACCAGUUAUAUAUUCUGACCAAUUUUGGUGCCUCAAAAGAAUAUAGACUGAUGAAAGCUCCAAUUUCUUCGUCUGGAAUGCAGAAUUGGAAGACUGUUUAUGCAGUCGAAGACAAACAUAAACUAAUCGAUAUGGAGCUGAUCAAUGAUUAUUGCAUAAUGAUACUGAAGUGUUAUGGUCACUUAUAUAUGCAUGUCUUUUCUCUCGAAGAGCCAGGAGCUGUUAAGUCCAUCCAGCUCCCAGCCUGGGCUUGUGCCAUUGAGUGUGAAGCUUGCGUGGAAAAUAAGACAAACGUAAUUUGUUUUCAGUUAUCCUCUCCAGUGCAGCCCCCAGUGAGUUUUCAGUAUUCACUGGUUGAAGAUGAGCUGUAUAUUUAUGAUGAAGCUUGGCUAGAUAUUACCAAGGACUAUAUAGUGACUCGCUUAAAAGCACGAAGUAUGAAUGGAACGUUGGUACCUAUCUCAGUUUUUCAUAAAACAGUGUUAAAUCAAAUAAAUGAAAAACCUUUGUUGGUCCAUGUCUAUGGAGCUUAUGGUAUGGACUUGAAUGUUGACUUUAAGCCAGAACAGUUAAUGUUAUUGGAAGAUGGCUGGAUUUUAGCAUAUUGCCAUGUAAGAGGUGGUGGUGAGUUGGGUUUAAACUGGCACAAAGCUGGUCGGUUAGAUAAGAAGCACAUUGGCAUUGAAGACUUGCAGGCUUGUCUGUGCUACUUGCACACAAUGGGAUAUUCCAACCCAAGGCAGACAGCACUCACUGCAAAUAGUGCAGGUGGACUCCUUGUUGGAAGCUUGUGCAACACAUCACCUGAUUACGUCAGAGCUGUUGUUUUACGAGCUCCUUUCCUUGAUGUUCUCAACACCAUGCUAGACUCUUCAUUACCACUCACCAGUGAAGAUCAAGAAGAGUGGGGGAACCCUCUGUGUGACCAAAGACUUUUCAAGUACAUUCAAGCUUAUUGUCCAUAUCAGAAUAUUAAGCCACAGAAUUAUCCCUCUGUAUUCAUCACAGCUUACCAAGGUGAUCAGCGUGUACCACUGUCUGGCUUGUUAAAAUAUACAAACAAACUUCGAAAUGCUGUGACUGAUAACAAGUACAUUACAACAGACAAAGGUGAAUCACCGAGCAUCAUUUUGGAUAUCCGGCCUGGAGAUGAUCACUUUGGUCCAUCCAACUGGGAACAAUCAUUGCACGAAGUUGUCAGACAUUAUGCUUUUCUAUAUAAGGAGCUGGAACUUGAUCCAUAGGCAAGUUGUAAUUGAGUAUUUUCUUUGUAGUGCAUACUGUCAGAGACGUAAACAAGAUAUGAGAUGAAUGAUUACCUUUUCUGGAUUUUCAGUGUUUAUUUUUGUUAUUAGUAAUUGUUUAAUGCACACUGAAUUGGUAUACUUUAUGUAUUGUGCAAAUAUUUUAAACACUAUUUAAAUUUAUAACUUAAUUUUCAUUGUAUUUGUACUAUAGAUUAAUUUUCAUUUGCUUUAUCUGAGAUUUGAAGUAAAACAUGACAAUUAUUCACUCCCAUGUGCCAUCUUUUGUGUCCUUUCACUCCAAGAUGACUUCUGUUACAUUUUCUUCAUGAAAAAUUGUUUAAAUACCUUUCUGUAAUAAAUUGAACAGCCUUCUGUAAAUAUUACCCAAGUUCUGUGCUGUCAUCUUUGGCAAUUUCUUUACCUGUCAUCACACAUCUGAUUGAUGAUGUGCUUGCACAUUUAAUAAAAUACCCAACCUAAAGAGCAAAGGUUACAAAGCUGGCAGAGGGAGGAUUUAUUGUACAAUUUUUAUUGGCCUUGCUCUUUUGCAAAUUCCUUUCAAAAGGGCAAAUCAGUUUGAUCAGGUUAUGAACAAUCAUUCCACUAAUAGACCGUGCUUCCAGCCCCCAGUCAGAUGAGCAGUAAAAUAAAAUAAAAUGUGCUCCAAGUGGCAGUGGGUAGAAAGUAGGAUUCGGCUAAGAUCUUUGCUGGCACCACUGUUAUUCAUUAUUUUGAUUUAAUAGUUUAGAUUUAACAAACAAUACUUCUAAUGCAAAUUUCCAGAUGUUGUCAUUAGAAAGCCUAAUUGAUUCCAGAAGAACUUCAACAGAUUGUAAAGAUGUAUAUUUAAACUGAAAAAUGUUAUAAUAGCUGAUAUUUAGAAUUAUAUUUUUAUUUUGCAUUUUACUUGGGAAGUUUACAGCAAAAAUGUUAACAAUUAUGAUGAUAUCAGAAGAGCAAGAUUACUUAUCUUUCAGGAAAGUUGAACAGACUGGUUUUUUGCAAAAGAGAUGGGUGUAGUUGUAAAUCCAUGAAAACGUUUUGGCAGAGUGCUUCCAUUUGUGGAGAGAAACAAAACUAAAGGCUAGAAAUGUCCAAGAAAUCAAAUACCAAAUCCUGAAAGUAUUUUAAUCUCUAAAAUAGUACCAAGUCAUGUUUACUACUACAGUAAAAAAAAAUGUAGCAAUCUUUAAAGCAAGACAAUUAAAGAAUCUGAGGCAAUGUAUGGAAGGUAAUGUUAAGACUAAGUAAAAAAAAAAGGCUUGAAUGGAGCAUGGUUGCCAGGAAUACACUGAAAUGAGCUGAACAGCCAGGUCCCCUACUGUAUAAUUAUCAUCCCAUGCAACAGAAAGUGGGUAGGAAAUAAACUAAGAAAGAUUGAAUCCAUAUAUGUACUUCAUAACUCAUUAAUAACUUGGAACACCAUGCUUUUUAAACAAAAAUUAUCAGAUAUUUGGAAGCAUAAAAGUUUAUGAGCCGAUCAAAGUACUUCACGUCCUAAGACAAACCUGUGACCUUGAAAGAGUCUUGUUAAAAGGACCUGAAAUUCUUUAGAUUUCAUGAUUGUUCAAAUUUGUUUAAAAUAAGAUCUGGAACUGUUAUAAAGGUUUGAUGCUUAUUGAUUAAAGAUCAAAAGCAAGACUUGAUAAUUUAGAAUAAAAUCACAAAGUGACUCAGAUUUAAAUGGUAACUAAUAACCUCAUAGGCAAGGCUAAAAUUACAUGUUCUGUCUAGUUACAACCUUUACAUUUCAGCAGACAUUGCAGAUUUUAAUAUAUUGCAGGCCAAUAGAUAAUGCUUAGGAAGGCUAAAGUUGCAGGUAAAGGAAGAUAGACCUAUCAAAACUUAGAUUUAUGAUUAUAACCUCUGUACCAUGAACCAAGUCCUUUAUAUUCAACAGUUUAUGUAAAGCAACUACAGUUGUGACUAAAAACUGCAACUGCAAGUGUGAGAUUUGAGAAGAAAAUACAUCAAAUAACUAGCUCACUGACAACUUUGGAGAUUAGGCAACCCAUCAGUAUGCACAGCCAAACCUAUGAUGGGCAACUUGAUUUACAUUCCUUUGUUCUAUUAAUUACAUCUUUCAAAAAACAGUUCGGAUUUACUUUAUCAGUAGAUAGUAAAAUGAAAAAUUCAUUCAAUGAUUGUUUAUUAAAUACAAUACAGUUCUGAUCAAGAAACUUCUUACAUCUGUUCCAAAGACCCAGUUUUUUUCCUUUUUGUACAGCCAGCUGUGGAUAAACUCAUUCAAGUGUGGCUGGAGUGCUUAAGAGUUAUCACCAGUGCAUUCUGAUUUGGAAAAAUUUAUUAAAAUUACAAGCAAACAAAACUGACUGGGCCAGGCAGAAACUGGGUAUGCAAUGGUGAGUGACUCCUCAAUUUUUCUUUCGACUGCAGCACAACUGAAAAGUGCAAUAGAAUAAUCUCUGUUCCCUGGUGAAUACAGCUCUAAUUAUAUUUAAUCUUAACUAUGAAACAGCAACCUGUUAGGUUAGUACUAUCCUGAACAUUUACACCUUUCAGUACCAGAAAGCUGGGCAAUAUGAACCAUGUGCUGUAUGUAAAAUACAUUACACUAGUAUCUCCUUAAUCCAUCAUUCUUACUACCUAGGCCAUGCACAGGAGGCAAAUGGAAAUGAUACCAUCUACAAGUAUUUUAUGUAGGACACAUGCUAUCCUGACCUGGAACUGACAGUUCCUUGAUAGUCCCUGGGCAUAAAUCCAUCAUGUGCUGACUAAAGCCACAAAGGAGACUGAAGUAUUGAGGCAAGUGGGGAGAGUGAGCGUCAGCUGCCUGUGUUUUGAUCACUGAGGAUCACUCUGCUAUGCUACCACAGAAGGGAAGGCCUGCCACUGUGCACGGAGAAUGUUGCCAAGGUUUUCUACAUUUUGAAUGUGGACUCGGACUAUAGACUUUUUUACAGAAGCAGCAACAAUGCUUGACAAAGCAUCCCCCAAUCUACAUUGGGCCUCACCAGUGCGUGCAGAGGAGAUCAUAUUGGCAGCACAGGAUAGAGUAAAGGACCUCAACAGAUUCGCAAGUGAAGCAUUCUCUAAUCUGGAAGGGCUGUUUGGGGCAAUGACUAUAGGUGAGGCAGGAGGCAAAUGGGCAGGUGUAUCAUCUCUUCCACUUGCAGGGAUAAGUGCCAGAAGGGAGGUAAAGAUGUGUUUAGUGGUCAGAAGUUGCAGAUAAUGAUACAUUGGAUGCAGAAGCACAUGGGAUGGUAAGUAAGCCCAAAAGGAACUUUAGCCCUAUUAAGGCGGCAGGCAGAUGGGAUGAGUGUGAUUGUCCGGGAAAUGGAGGAGAUCCGGGUGAGGGUAGCGUCAAUGGUGGAGGAAGGAAAACCCUGUUCAGUGAAGGAGGACAUGUCUGAUGUCCUGGAAAGGAAAGCCUCAUCCUGGUAGCAGAUGGGGCAGAGACACAGGAACUGAGAAAAGGGAGUCAGCAUUUUUACAGGAGACAGGGUGGGAAGAGGUAUGGUCAAGAUAACUGUGGGAAUUGGUAGGUUUAUAAAAAUGUCAGUUGACAGUUUGUCUUCCAGAAAAUGGAGACAGAAUUGACAAAGAGGAGAGAGGUGUCAGGACUGAACCAUGUGAAUUCAAGGGCAUGGUAGAAGUUGGAGGCAAAGUUGAUGAAUCUGACAAGCCCAGCAUGUGUGCAUGAAGCAUCACCAAUGCAGUCAGCAAUGUAGCACAGGAAUAUUUGGGGAGCAUUACCUGGAAUAUAGGCUGUUCCAUGAAGCCAGUGGAAGGGCAGGCAUAGCUGGGCCUUUGUGGGUGCUCAUGGCUGCACUGAGUUUAGAGAAAGUGGGAAGAGCCAAAAGAGAAACUGAGGGUGAAGACAAGUUCCACCAGGUGGAGGAGGGUAGUGGUGGAGGUGAACUGGUUGAGUCUGUUGUAAGAUGUGUUAAGGGUGAAACUGAAGGGAAAGUCACAGUAAAUAGUGAAAGAGAUACUUUGAAGGAGGUUAAUCAACAAUACUUGAAAGAAUGGAAUGAUCAUAGUGCAUCAUUGUUUAUAGUACCAAACAAUUUUAAAUUAGAUUUUAGAUUAUGAGGACACUCAGUCCUUGUUUAUUGUCAUUUAGAAAUGCAUUCAUGCAUUAAGAAAUGAUACAAUGUUCCUCCAGAGUGAUAUCACAAAAUAAAAAGAGGACAAACCAAGACCCACACUGACAAAACCCACAGAAUUAUAGCAUAUAGUUACAGCAGUGCAAAGCAAUACCGUAAUUCGAUAGACGCAGACCAUGGACGUGUUUUUUUAAAAAGUCUCAAAGUCCCGAUUGACUCCAAUAGUCCAAUAUCAGGCAGCAAAAGGGAGAAACUCUCCCUGCCAUUAAACUUCCAGGCACUGACAAUUAAUGCCUCGGAAGUACCCGACGACAGCAGACUCUUGAGUCUGUCCGAAAACUUCAAGCCUCCAACCAGCUCCUCCUUCUGCCGAGCACCUUCGACCUCAUCCCAGCCGCUGAAACAAGCAAAGCCGGGGUCUCGGAGGCCUUCUCCUCCGGAGAUUCCGGUCUGCACGGUAGCAAAGCGGGCAUUUCAGAAGUUUCUCCAGAUGUUCCUCCACACUCUCACGUCUGCCUCCAUCAAAUCAGGAAUAUGCACGGAUCCCUACCACAUAACAGAUAUCCAUUCUCCGGAGAGGCCACGUGCACUGCGCCGCGCCAUCAUCUUCUCCUCCUAUUACAUUACUAUUUUUGAUUAGUCUCAUUUCAAUGAGGAAUAAAAUAGACUGAAGGAACUGAAACAAGGAAUGGAUUUGAGACGUGCAUAAAAUUGUGUAGCAAUAAUGUAUUCAGAUAGAAA